CGGGAGGGGCCACGGCCACCUGCUCAGCUCCAGGGCUGAAUAGACUGGGAGUGGCCCUACGGGUCAUUAAACUCCGGGGCAAUCAGUUGGGUUUGUGUGUGGGGACCUGGGUGUCGGUGGGGCGUGCGGCUUCGUCUGCCUGGGGGCCUUCACCCUGCCCGGCCCGCCCAGAACUAGCUCCUAGGAUGUGGUCUUGCAGGCACCCGCGGUCAGCACUAGCUUUGUGGACAGCACCCGCAGCCAGCAGCCCAGGGAGGUGCAGGGGGAGUGGGUGGGACAGAGCAAGGACAGCACUCAGUCCCACACACCCUAAUGCCUCACCUACUCCCCCCAUGCCCUCAAGGUGGGGGUGAGGGUGGGGGGGGCAGCGGCCUAAAACACCUGCCGAUAACGAGCCAGGCCCAGCCAGAUGGUCGUUCAGUUUCCUGACCACCAGCAGGCAGUGGGCAUAGGCAGAGACCCAGCCCUGACUCCCCCAGACACAGCUUUUGGGGACCCUCUCCCUAACUGGCCUGGUGGCGUGGGUCUGGGGCUUGGGGUGUAUUUAUUUAUCCCGAACCCAGCCCGGUCUGGUCCCAGCCUGGGUUUAUCUCCAGCUGCCCCAGGCCCCCAGACUCCUUCCUUGGCUGGCUUGGUGGAGGGUGUUACUGAAGUGUUUCCAUCAUGGGGUUGGAGCUCCAGCCUGACAAGGUCGUCAGCAGGGGAGACCCCUCCGUGCCUGCGGGUGCUCGGGAUUGGCCCGGAGGGGGCACGAACGUCUGAGGAGGCCCCAAGGGUCCCGCCGGCCUGGGGAGGGGCCUGCGGGCCAGGGUUGGGGUCUGCCUGACCGAGCCUGCGUUCAAGGAGCAGAAGUGGGCCGGGGGCGGAGCCUGUGCGCGGCUCCUCUGGGGGGGCGGAGGUGCUGGGGGCGGGGCCUGGUGGGGCGGGGGGCCUGGCGGGGCGGGGCCUGCGCGCGGCACAGCUGAGGGCGGGGCCGGAGGGGAGGCCUGGGGGCGGGGAGGGGCGGGGGCGGGGCCUGGUGGGGAGGGGCCUGCGCGGGGCUCAUUGGGCAGGGGGCCUGGCGGGGGCGGGGCCCAAGAGCUCGGCUCCGCUGGGGGCGGGGCCGGGAGGGGGCCGGGCCCGCGCACGGCUCGGCUGGGGGCGGGGCGGACACGGGCCUCCCACCCCCACUCGGACGCGGCGCCCUCGAGUGCUGCGCGAGGCGUGCGCGUGCCCGCCCGGGACCCCCGGCCGCUGCUCGGGAGCGAGCCCCGCGGCGCUGCGGCGGGAGCCCACCAUGUCUUUCCCCGGCAAGAAGAGCGCGUCCCGGAGCGCGAGUGACCGCCUUCUGAUCCGAGGGGGCAAGGUGGUGAACGACGACCAGUCCUUCUACGCCGACCUGUACGUGGAGGACGGCCUCAUCAAGCAGCUCGGAGAAAGCCUCAUCGUCCCCGGGGGCGUCCGGACCAUCGACGCUCAUGGGCUGCUGGUGCUGCCUGGCGGCAUCGACGUCCACACCAGGCUGCAGGUGCCCGCCCUGGGCAUGGCCCCGGCCGACGACUUCUGCCAGGGCACCAAGGCUGCCCUGGCAGGGGGCACCACCAUGAUACUGGACCACGUGUUUCCCGAGGCGGGCGUGAGCCUGCUGGCGGCCUACGAGCAGUGGCGAGAGCGUGCGGACAGCGCUGCCUGCUGCGACUACUCCCUGCACGUGGACAUCCCCCGCUGGCACGAGAGCACCAAGGAGGAGCUGGAGGUCCUGGUCAAGGACAAGGGUGUGAACUCCUUCCUGGUGUUCAUGGCCUACAAGGACAGAUGCCAGUGCUCUGAUGGCCAGAUGUACGAGAUCUUCAGUAUCAUCCGGGAGCUGGGAGCCUUGGCCCAGGUGCACGCGGAGAACGGGGACCUCAUAGAGGAGGAGCAGAAGCGGCUGCUGGAGCUGGGCGUCACCGGUCCGGAGGGCCACGUGCUGAGCCACCCGGAGGAGGUGGAGGCCGAGGCUGUGUUCCGUGCGGUCACCAUCGCCAAGCAGGCCAACUGCCCCCUGUACGUGACCAAGGUGAUGAGCAAGUCUGCGGCGGACACCAUAGCGCGAGCCCAGCGCAGAGGGCUGGUUGUGUUCGGCGAACCCAUCACGGCCGGCCUGGGCACUGACGGCUCUCACUACUGGAGCAAGACCUGGGCCAAGGCCGCGGCCUUCGUCACCUCGCCCCCCAUCAGCCCAGACCCCACCACUGCCGACCACCUCAGCUUCCUGCUCUGCAGUGGGGACCUCCAGGUGACGGGCAGUGCCCACUGCACCUUCACCACGGCCCAGAAGGCCGUCGGCAAAGACAACUUCACCCUCAUCCCCGAGGGCACCAACGGCGUGGAGGAGCGUCUCUCCGUGGUCUGGGAGACGUGUGUGGCCUCGGGAAAGAUGGACGAGAAUGAGUUCGUUGCGGUGACCAGCACAAACGCAGCCAAAAUCUUCCAUCUGUACCCCCGGAAGGGGCGGGUGGCCGUGGGCUCCGACGCUGACCUGGUGCUCUGGAACCCCAAGGCCACCAAGAUCAUCUCGGCCAAGAGCCACAACCUGAACGUGGAGUACAACAUCUUCGAGGGCUUGGAGUGCCGUGGGGCGCCCGCCGUGGUGAUCAGCCAGGGCCGCGUGGUGCUGGAGCACGGCAGCCUGUCAGUGACCCCCGGGGCCGGGCGGUUCAUCCCCCGGAAGCCCUUCCCCGACUUUGUCUACAAGAGGAUCAAGGCCCGGAACCGGCUGGCCGAGAUCCACGGCGUGCCCCGAGGCCUCUACGACGGGCCUGUCCACGAGGUGAUGGUGCCCGCCAAGCCGGGGGGCGGCGCCCAGGCCCGCGCGUCCUGCUCCAGCAAGAUCUUUGUGCCGCCCGUGCGCAACCUGCACCAGUCGGGCUUCAGCCUGUCGGGCUCCCAGGCCGACGACCACGUGGCCCGCCGCACCGCGCAGAAGAUCAUGGCACCCCCCGGGGGCCGCUCCCACAUCACGUCCCUGUCCUAGGACCCCCGACCCCGAAGGCGCCCCUGCCGCGAGCAGGCCCAUUAAAGUCCUCUGGGUCGGAACUGCGUGUUGAGCCACGGGUGCGGGGGAGGCCGGGUCGUCCCUGCACCCCAGCCGGCCGCCGAGAGGGGAGUG